UCUCUCUCUGUUUGUGCCUGUGUGUUCCAGCCCUGGGGUGUGACAGUACAAUGAUGCCCUUCGGUGGGGGUGGCUCAGAGGCGGACUGUUGGACGGAGUACCAUGACAACAGUGCCCAUGCCAAACCUCCACACUCCUACCUGGAUGCCAUCAGGACCGGUCUGGAGUGUUCUGCCACGGCUGGCCCCUACCAUGUCGCUGGCCCCCAGCCACAGCUCUGUCCCUACGCCGCUGCAGGACAGUGUAACUACGGAAACACCUGUCCCUACCUCCACGGUGAUAUGUGUGACAUCUGCCGUCUGCAGGUGCUCCACCCACACAACCCUGAGCAGAGGAGAGCUCAUGAGAAGAUGUGUAUGUUGGUGUUUGAGGCGGACAUGGAGAAGGCAUUUGCAGCGCAGCACAGCCAGGACAAGGUGUGUUCUAUCUGUAUGGAGGUGGUUUAUGAGAAAGCUGCUGCCUCAGAGAGACGCUUCGGGAUCCUCUCUUCCUGCUGCCACACAUACUGCCUCUCCUGCAUCCGCCAGUGGCGCUGCGCCAAGCAGUUUGAGAACAAGUCAUGUCCAGAGUGCAGAGUGGUGUCUGAGUUUGUCAUCCCCAGUGGUUACUGGGUGGAGGACCAGGAUGAGAAGAACAGACUGAUAGAGGAUUUCAAGUCUGGAGUCAGUAAGAAGGCGUGUAAGUACUUUGACCAGGGCCGGGGAACCUGUCCGUUUGGAGGGAAGUGUUUCUACAUGCAUGCUUACCCUGACGGAACACGGGCCGAGCCGGACAAACCCCGCAAGCAGCUGGGCUCUGAGGGGAACGUGAGGUUCCUGAACUCUGUCCGUCUGUGGGACUUCAUCGAGGAGCGCGAGCAGCGCAGUGUUGCCCAGCCGCAGGAAGAUGAGGUCAGCGAACUGAGAGAACUCUUCAUGCAGAUGUCUGGUCCAGGAGGGGAGGAGAGCAGUGCAGUGUCUGCCCAGCCCUAACUACCCGUUAUCCAGGCCUAGCCCCAGCACUCUGACCAACGGCUCAUAUGAAAAUGCAAACAUACAUACGACACUGGACAAUAAAAUGUACUCACUAGUAAGCCUUUCAUGUUGAUGGUUUCAGGCUUUUUUUAAAUGAUAUUUUUACUCAUAGUACAUUUGUGUGGAAAAUAACAUAGUAAAUCUGUACAUAGAGCUAUAAUGGUUCUGUUAGAGAAGCUGCUAUAUUUUCCGAAUAUGUUUUAGGUAAUUUAUCUCUGGAAGGCUUUUUAUAUGAAUGGGGUAAACAUCUAUAGAAUGAACCAUAAGGUCAUAGUUUUCAAGUCCAGUGAAAUGCCUUUAUUUUCUUUUCAUUGGAUCUAUAGAAUCAGUUUGAGGUUGUAUAGAUAUAUCAGACAGCCUCUCAGCCAGGCCACAACGUGUUACAGUUCGGUCACAUAGACAUUUUUAAAAGAAACAAAACGUGGAAUUCAAAUCAAUGCACCCAGGGACUCUAUUCAAGCUGGAUUGCUGAAGUGAUAGGAAUUACUUUCAUUUUCGAUUGAGCUGACAUAUUCAGUGUUCACUGUGAAUGCGGUCUCUGCUGACGCAGUAACAUUGGCUUUAAAUUUAAAUCCCGCUGUAACGCUGAACUUCCACAAUACGGAUUGAAUAGAGCCCCAAGUCUGUUACAUACUCGUUGUCCAUGAAGGUAUGGUGUGUUCAUUUAGAGGCUUUUACAUUUACGUUGCUUUUACAUUUACGUUGCAACUAUUUAGUGUUGAUGGAUGCUCACAUUAUGAGGUUUAGUGACUUUAUCCUUUUAAUGGUAUAAAAUGAUGAUGUUGACCUUAUUAUCCUACAUCAUUCAUCUAUAGUAAGAGAAUAAAGCCUGGGUGAUCUAUCAGUCAGCCUGUAGAGGUGCAGAGGAAUGAGCUCCUACCAGUAGUCGUCUCUAUUAUCUAAUGUAUUGAGUGAAGCUGCCUGGGGAGACUAAACUAUAGUGUUUAGAUAAUAUUAUACUACCGUGUUUAAUGUAUAUUCUAUGGGAAAUCAGAAUCACUAUGUUGGCUUUUAUUUAUCCAAUUUAUUUUCAGUUUGAAUGAUUAUUUCCAAAAAGAAAUUCAAUAGCAGCAGUCCAUUCAUUCAAUAAAGAAAAUGUUUGACA